AUGAAACUAUUACAAGCUGUCUUAGUACCUGUAUGGGUACUUGUAUCAUUAGUUCAACUAAGUUCUGGUUCGGCCAUUGCUGAGGCCAAUGUAGAUGCUGCUGACCAAAUAGGUAUCAAGAAUGAGAAGAUCAAUGUUGAUACGGAGAAUCCACCUAAGGGAAUGUCCUGGGAGGAAUGGCAUAUGUUACAUGAACAUCAGUUAGAAAAAUAUACCCCUGAACAAUUUUUCUCAUUGCAUGAUGUUCAAAAGAAAGGAUUUCUAGAUAAGAAUGAUAUACUUUCGUUAUAUGGUCUUGAUAGACGUGAAGUUAUUGGUACUGGUGAUGGUAUGGGUCAACAUGAUCAAAGUGAAGAAAUUGAUGAGGAAUUAGGUGAACGUGUUGUAAGUUUAAUUCUGAGACUUUUAGAUAUAAAUGAUGAUGAUAAAAUAUUGAGGAAUGAAUAUUUGGAUUUUGCAAAAACAGGCCAGAAAUUUCCUAAUUUAGGCGUUGGUGUUGGUCAUCAUUCUGAUUUUGAACAAGAAUAUGAACUUCAUCAUUGGAACAAAUUCCAUAGGGAUAAUGAUCCAGAGGUGAAAAACGUUCACAAGGAAGAUAUCGAACAUGAAUUGCUACAUCAUGAGCAUGAAAUUGAGCACGAAGAACAAGAACAAAGAAGUUCUUCAAGGGCUACAGUGAUUACAGAUGACGAGUUGGAAUCUCGUAUAGAACUGAAAAACAUUCCACAAAGAUUUAAGAACGGUCUCUUCUAA